AUGUCGCAGAUAGCUACUAUAGCUGUUAAGUGCGAUAGUGAGUUAGCAAAGACGAUGCGUACGGAUGACCCUAAACGGGAUUCAGUGGUGGCAGCCGUAAAUGAACAAAGCGCGUUAGUAAAAGAGAUAGUGCGCACCAUUCUGAAAGAAAUGCGCGAUUUCUGUGGCCCAAGGAUUGCUGACGGGAUAAUUAAUCUUUUGAGAACAGCAAAUAUCUCUGAGGCCGAACAAUUGAAGCAGUUAUAUAGCGAUUUCGACGACAUGAAGUGGAAAGCCUACGCAUGUGAGUUGAAGACCUGGGCAACAUCUCCUUGUGAGCGGCAAGCAGCCAAGACGAAAACGACGGAUCAGUGUUUGCUGGCAGCGGUAACGAAUCGAUACUUGUCACAACAUAUAACGAAACCUUAUGCCCCGUCUCGCAUUAGGAGUCUCAUCCGUCAUCCUGGAUGCGAUAGACCCGAGGAUACUCAAGGACUAUGCAACGAAGGCUCAAGGAGCGAAGAGAGAACUUCAUCGGACACAGGCGCGGACCAACUUUCCGGAUUCUCUAGGAGUUUUUAUAUAAGAACGAUAGCAUUACCCGAUGUUCAACCUUUUGGAGGUAGACCUCAUGAGUGUUUCAAAAGUAUCCUAAGAGAUAAGUGGAGAGAUUCAAGUCAUUUGCAGUCGUUUCAAAGUUUCUUACGUAAAGACCAUAUUCGAAACCUAGAAAUACGCGAGCGGUCAUUCCAUGAUGUUGUCGAGGCAAUGAAAAAGCGCAUGCGCGUCGAUGGGAACACCGAAAGGAAACCAACACAGCUCGAGAAGCUUAUGACAAAGGUGAAGGAGUCCGCAUUGCGGUUGGAGAGGAGUAUCAGAGCCGCAGCAGAAUGCAGAAAUGCUCCUAGGACGAAGCCUACACAGCGAUUCAAGUCAAAUUGGGAGCGGAGUAAAGACGAACCAAGAUCCUUCUUAGGCCUUAACAAUUCCGAGUCAGCGAAAACGCAGAAAGAAUGCAAGGUCAGAAACGCAGGUCCAGUAGGUGAACAAGUGAACAGAAACUGCAUAGCAAAAGACUUACUGUCGCUACAACUGUGGGAAACCAGCGCAUUUUGCAAAGGACUGUCUGUUUCCAAAUCCACAGGCAAAGACACCUACAUCCACAGAGCAAACUAG